GGGGUGUGAGAAUGUACGGAGGAGUUUACAGAAGCGAGAAAUUGUGAGGACAGUGCUGAAGAAACGCUAAAAUCUGGCUGUCUUAGCCUGACACCACGAGAGUUAGUUUCGGUGUUCAUUGUCUGAUCAAGUUUGGUCAUUUUUGUCCGUCUUUCUGGCUCUCAGUUUCUGCUCCAAUAGUAAUGGGGCUGCCUGCCCUGCCCAGCGUUGCUUUCCUGCUGUGUUUCUAUCUGGUAUCCUGCCGCUGCCCCUCCACGUGCCGUUGCCCCCCAGGCCCGCCUCGCUGCCCCCCUGGAGUCAGCCUGGUGCUGGACGACUGCGGUUGCUGUCAGGUGUGUGCCCGGCAACUCAACGAGGACUGUGACAAGGUGGCCCCCUGUGAUCCCCACAAAGGCCUGGAGUGCAACUUUGGGGCCGACCCCUUGGCGAGCAGGGGCAUCUGCUGGGCCAAGCAGGAAGGCCGGACCUGUGAAUACAAUGGCCGUAUCUACCAAAAUGGAGAGAAUUUUCAGCCCAGCUGCAAACAUCAGUGCACCUGCAUUGACGGGGCUGUGGGAUGCCAGCCUCUCUGCCCCUUAGAGCUACCCCUGACCUCUCUGGGUUGCUCCAGUCCCCGGCUUCUUAAGGUACCCGGUCAGUGCUGCAAAAAGUUCGUGUGCAGUAAAGGCCUCAAGAAGGACAGAGGGGUCACCUUUGACUACAACUCACAUGGAGAGGCCAAUGGCAAUGAGCUUAUCUACGUGGGCAAAGGCGGACACUGGAAAAACCUACCAGUGUGGAGGCCGCUCUUCCAGGCUCACAUGUCAAAACAGGAGCACAAGUGCCUGGCUCAGACUACAGACUGGUCACCAUGCUCCAAGAGCUGCGGCUUCGGCAUCUCCACCCGAGUCACUAGUGACAACCCCCGGUGCAAGCUGAUUAAAGAGACCCGACUGUGUCAGAUCAGGCCCUGUGGGCAACCUGAUUUUACCAAGCUAAAGAAAGGCAAGAAGUGCCUGAGGACACACAAGGUCCAGGAACCAGUCCGGUUCAGCUAUGCCGGCUGCAAGAGCCCACGCCGUUACCAGCCCAGCUUUUGUGGGGCUUGCCUGGAUGGACGCUGUUGUGUGCCCUUGCGCACUCGCACACUGAGCAUACCCUUCCGUUGCCCUGACGGAAGCUUCUUUUCUAAGAAUGUCAUGAUGAUCCACACCUGCCAGUGUGGUCCAGCGCAUUGCCAGCUGCUCAGUGAAUCUGCUAUGGGUCCCCAGUACCAGCUCCAGGGGGACAUUCACAAAUUCCUGGAGUGAGUGUGCUGGACUCUCGGCUAGCUGGGCUCUCAAAAGACUGUUCUCCCUUAUGGACCUCGGGAGCCAGGACACCCUAUAGUUGCCUUGCUACCAUGAGUACCAAUAUUACUAAAUUCCUGACUUUCAGAGGGGCACUAAUCCCCAGUGUUUGGGGAGAUGCACUGUGUGGUUCUGGGAGUUUGGAUAUUUAUCUAUGUGAGGAAUGGAUCCCAUGGCACUGGGGUCAGUCUCUCAGUUCAAUCCAGACAGGCUCAGGCUGGAACUGGGCCUGGGGUGAAUAGGAGGAGAGGCAACCAAAGAGGUCCCCCUGCCCCAAUUUCAUGUUUGUGACCAUGGUGCUGGGAAGCAGGAAAAAAACAUAGCUCUGCGGGAUGACUAGACUGGGUACCAAAACCCCAGUCUGGUCACAGCUCUGACACCCUAUGAUAGAAAUGGGCAAAACUUGAGAACUAGACAAAUAGAUCUCACCUGAACUGGAACGAAGUCUCCCAUAAUGCUUCCAAAGGGACGACAGUUCUGCCCACACAGGGAUCUGGCAAUACAACCUGGGAGCGAGCGACCCCAGGAAGACUGAGGCCUGCCUCACUCGUGCAGGACAAUGAGGUGUGUGUGUGUAGGGGCGGGGAGUCCUGAGUCGAGGGAAUGGAACGUACUGCUUGAGACUGCAGGGGGUGGGUUACAGCUAGGAAUGUUUCUUCAUAUUAAGAAAAAAAUCUAUGUGAAUAGAAAACGAGCACAACAUAGAGCAAGGUUCUGUCUCCUCUCUUUGUGUGCUGUACUGGCUUUCUAUUUGCAGGGAGUUUUUAAACACAGGGGAGCAUUCCAAAAUGUGACCCUCCACCUGCAAGCUGAAGUAGUACAAGCUAAUCACGCACAGCGGUUCGCUAGCAUUUUGAUACCACAUCAUUCCUGUGCAUGUAUGGAUCAGGCCUAAGUUAGGAAGCAAAGUAAGUGAGAUUAAUAGGAUUCUUUUUUUUUAUCAUGAGAAUUUCUAAGGAAGAGAUUAAAGUGGACAAAAAAGGUUGACUGGGACCUGCCCUCCCUUAUCUGCCUGCUGUUUGUAUCUCUGCCUUUCACUUCCUGAUCCUCAAUCUGAGACCUGGCAUCCCAGUCUGAUCCCAUUCAUACCAAAGUGGUGCCUCAGCCCCUGCUCACGACACAUCCCCAUGUUUCCUGGAGAGACAUUUAUGAUAAUCCAUCCGAGGCGAAUACUUGCAGAAGACAGAUGGUGUGUGCAUGCUCGGCUUCUUCUUACAGCUGAUGCUUCAGCAGGUCACCUGUCAACCUGCUCAGUUGCCAAACUUAAAAAACAAACAAACUUGAGAGGAGGAUUAUGGAAAAAAGAAGGAAUUCUGAGUACAUCUAUCCUGAGGAGUUAGCCGUGUUAGUCUGUAGUAGCAAAAUCAAAAAGAGUCCAGUAGCACCUUUAAG